CUCAUUCGAAAGUGUUGCGAAAAUUCCUUGUUGAAUUCAACCACUACCCUUUUACUUUCUCUCUUUCUUUCUUCCACUUUGACACGUAUUUGAAUACCAAACUUUAUAUAUAUAAAACAAUUGAAAUACACACAUCUUAUUCAUUCACUUUUGAUACUAAUCUCUUAUUCUUAGAGUCAUAACUUCAAUUCAUAUUUCAUAUACUUCUUCAUAAACCACACAUCAAGGUUUGAAUUAAUUUCAUCAAUUUUUUUUUUGAAGUUGGUGUGAAUCUACAUCUCUAUGGGAUUAUCACUUUCCAUAUUAACAUCAGCUUGGGAAGAAAUUGUUCGACAUUCACUCUUUGGUUUAUCAUUCAACUAUAGUUUUGGUUCCAAAGAUGGUGCUAUGAUUUUGAGAGCAAGAAGCUUCAACAAAAGAGAACCAGAAGCUACCACAAGAAACAUUUCAACUAGGUUAGAGGAUUAUAGACCAGAACAUGUGACCCUGGAAACAAAUGUUGAGGAAAAAUUGCACCAAAAAGCUGUUCCUUUGCUUUCUUUGCCUAAAGAAGUUGUUUUCUCUUCUCCAAGACCAGUUUCUGAGCUUGAUGCUGCAGCAACUAAGGUUCAGAAAGUUUAUAAGAGUUAUAGAACUAGAAGAAACCUUGCUGAUUGUGCUGUUAUUGUUGAGGAACUUUGGUGGAAAGCAUUGGAUUCUGCUGCACUUGAAAGAAGUUCAGUUUCAUUUUUUGAUGAACAAAAACAAGAAACUGCAGUGUCAAGAUGGGGAAGAGCAAGAACAAGAGCAGCUAAGGUUGGAAAAGGUUUGUCAAAAGAUGAUAAGGCACAAAAAUUAGCACUUCAACAUUGGCUUGAAGCUAUUGACCCACGUCAUCGAUAUGGACACAAUUUGCAUUUAUAUUAUGAUAUUUGGUUUGCAAGCCUAAGCACUCAACCAUUUUUCUAUUGGUUGGAUGUUGGAGAUGGUAAAGAAAUAAAUCUUGAGAAAUGUCCAAGGGCUACCUUACAACGUCAGUCCAUUAAAUAUCUUGGACCAAAAGAGAGGGAAGAAUAUGAAGUAUCUGUUGAAAAUGGGAAGUUGGUGUAUAGACAUGGUGGGAAGUUUGUGGAUACAGAUGAAAAGUCAAAAUGGAUAUUUGUUCUUAGCACCACUAGGGCUUUGUAUGUUGGAAGGAAACAAAAGGGUGCUUUUCAACACUCUAGCUUUUUAUCUGGGGCUGCAACCACAGCUGCUGGAAGAUUAGUCGCACGACAAGGUGUACUAGAGGCAAUUUGGCCUUAUAGUGGUCAUUAUCACCCAACUGAAGAGAAUUUCAGAGAAUUUGUUAGCUUUCUUGAGGAGCACAAUGUAGAUCUCUCUAAUGUCAAGAGAUAUGCUAUAGAUGAUGAUGCUCCUUCAUUUAUUGGCACUAAUGAGCCCCAACAAAUUAUGGGUCCUACUCAAACUUCCCAAUCAAUAUCUACCAAAAAUAUCACCAACAAAGGAACCAAAAUCAACAAAGCAACAGAGGCUAAAGACAAGAAAUUGGAGGGGCCAAUAUUUGACUCUUCCAAGAGAUUAUCAUGCAAGUGGUCCACAGGAGCUGGAGCUCGUAUUGGCUGUGUGCGUGACUAUCCUGAGCACCUUCAAUCAAGGGCAUUGGAGCAAGUUAAUUUGUCUCCUAGGCCUGCUUCUGCAAGACCAUAUAAGUAUGGCCCUAUACCUUCUCCAAGACCAAGCCCAAAAGUUAGGAUCUCUCCUAGGCUUGCUUACAUGGGGUUACCUAGCCCUAGAACCUCAAUUCAAGUUGCAAAUUGAGGAAACAUGGAAGGAAUUAGGAUCAAAUAUCCUACUCUAUUCAUAAUCAGAGAUCAAUUCAAUCGAAGAUCUAUGACUACAGGAAAUGAUUUCUCAAAUAUAAUGUCACCAAAGGUGACACCUGAAUUGAGGAUACGUCUUGUGACUCUAUUCAUGAGAAUAAAUAGGCUAACUAUUUACUUUUAUUUUUAUUGUUUUAUUUAAGAGUUUAGUUAUUCCUUUA